AGUGCUUCAACUUGGCAUUGGCCACUUCAGUGAAUAAUACAAAGGAAUGUGGAUUCGUGUUUUUAUUUCGUGGGUUACCUAUUAGCUGAUAUACACAUAUUCGGAUUAGUUUUAUUUCAAGAUUCGCUAUGGACUCUCGCCAAGAUUUGCAUAUUUUCGUCAAUGGGAAACUGCAAAAAGUUUCCACAGAAAAUCUUUCACCAACAACUACUCUCAACACCUACUUGAGAGAACAUUUAAAUUUGACUGGAACAAAACGGAUGUGCCUUGAAGGUGGUUGUGGUACCUGCGUAGUAACGAUAACAAGACUAAACCCACUUACAACAAAAUACGAAACCUUAGGAGUAAACUCAUGUUUGGUAUCGAUUUUUUCCUGCUAUGGCUGGGAAAUCGAGACCAUCGAGGGGAUUGGCAACUCUGGAAAACCGCACAAGCUUCAAGACGCCAUAACCGACUACAAUGGAUCCCAAUGUGGUUAUUGUACACCUGGAAUGAUUAUGAAUAUGUACUCCUUGCUCCAGGCAGACCAAAACAUAUCCAAGGAACAAGUUGAGAAGUCAUUUGGAGGGAAUAUCUGUAGAUGUACUGGUUACAGACCAAUUUUGGAUGCCUUCAAAUCUGUAUGCAAAGACCACAACUCGAAUGGAAAGUUUGCAGAUAUUGAGGAAAUGCCCAGGUGCUGUGCUUUGAAUAAUGGAACCGAUAACCCAGAAACUUUCGUCCACAACUCGUCAGGAACUUCCUGGAUAAGGGUGUCAAAGUACUCUGAUUUGAUCAGAAUUUUGAAAUCCUAUCAAAAAAAUGGGGUGCCUUAUAUGUUAGUGGGUGGCAAUACUUCUAAAGGAGUUUAUCCAGGUGAACCUCAACCUACAGUUUACGUGGAUAUCCAGAGAAUAGGCGAAUUGGUCGAAUAUACAUUACAAGAAAAUGAGUUGAUUCUUGGAGCCAAUACGACUUUGACAUCUGCAAUGAACUUAUUCAAUGAAGUAGCCUCCUGUGAUUCCAGAUUUGGUUAUUUGAAGAAAUUGGCUAACCAUAUCGAUCUGAUAGCAAAUGUACCAGUUCGAAAUAUUGGUACACUAGCUGGGAAUCUCAUGAUAAAACACAAGCACAAGGAAUUUCCGUCUGACAUAUUUUUGAUUUUGGAAACAGCUAAAGCAAAAUUACUGAUAGUUGAUGCAGAUUAUGGUGAAGUAUCUGUAUUACCAUCUGAGUUUCUGAAAAUGUCAAUGAACUUCAAGAUAAUCAGAAGCAUAACUUUCACAGCAUUCGAUGAUUGUUAUUAUUAUGAAAGCUUCAAGAUAAUGCCUAGGGCCCAAAACGCUCAUGCCUUGGUGAAUGCAGGCUUUCUGGUUAGGCUCUCACGUGAACAUACAGUAGAAGAAGCUAACAUUGUAUUUGGUUGCAUCAAUCCAGAUUUUGUUCACCCCCAAAAUCUGGAGACCUUUUUGAUCGGAAAGAAGUUAUUUAAAAAUGAAACUCUGCAAGAUGCUUUCAGAAUAUUGGGAAAUGAAUUGAAGCCUGAUCAUGUAUCUCCAGAUCCUAAACCCGAAUUCAGAAAAAAACUUGCCAUUUCUUUAUUUUAUAAGUAUGUUUUGAGGAUAGCUCCUGUGGAAUUGAUUUCAAAGAGAAACUUGAGUGCUAAAAGUGAUUUUUCGAGGCCCCUAUCUAAAGGAGCUCAAAUUUUCGACACCAAUGUCUCGACUUAUCCUGUAUCAAAACCGGUUUCUAAAGUCGAAUCAGUUUUUCAAGCAACAGGCGAAGCUAAAUAUCUUACCGAUCUGCCAGACUCGCCAGAGCAGCUAUAUGCAGCUUUCGUUCUGGCCAAGGCUUCUCCAGGUUCAAGUAUCCUAAAAAUUGAUACUCAGCCAGCCUUGGUAGGUGUCGAAACAAAAAUUUACAUGUAUGUUAUAUCAUACAUCUACUGUUUUUUUCAGGAAAUGGAAGGAGUUGUAACAUUCUUAGAUAAAAAUGAUAUACCUGGUAGGAAUACCUUCACUCCUACUGAAGCUGGAGUCCCUGCUGCAAAUACUCUUGAAGAGGAGUUAUUCUGCAAUGGCGUUGUCAAAUAUCAUUCACAGCCAGUAGGCAUAGUGGUUGCUAGGUCGCGGGAGCUUGCUGAAACAGCUGCUGGUUUAGUCAAGAUCAGCUACAAAGCUGGCGAUACAAAACCGGUUUUCAAUACAAGAGAGAUACUAAGGAGAAAGCUAACUGAUAAAAUAAUUCCUGAUAUGAUUAUCAAGCCAAAAACUUCGGGUGAUAAGAUCAGACACAUAGUUGAGGGAUCAUUUGACGUCACCUGGCAGUAUCACUACCACAUGGAGCCACAUUUCUGUAGUGCUAACUACAAGGAGGGCAACUUGGACCUUUAUCCUACUACCCAAUGGAUGGACCUUUGCCAAAAUGCUGCAGCAGCAGUUUUGGACAUACCAGCUAGUAGGGUAAAUGUUGCUGUGAAACGCGUUGGUGGUGCUUUUGGGGCAAAGAUAGUCCGGCAAUCGAUGAUAUCUUCAGCUUGUGCCCUAGCGGCAUUCAAGCUAGGGAAGCCGGUCAAAAUAUGGCUGCCUUUGGAGGCAAACAUGAGGGUGGUAGGCAAGAGGAGCCCCACAUCUAGCGACUACGAAGUGGCUACUGACGAAAAUGGUGUCAUCCAAUACUUGAAGAACGACAUUUACGUUGACCAUGGGCAAGGCGGCAAUGAAGACGUGAUGUUUUUGCUGUUCGAAGUGUAUCACAAGACUUACAAUUCGGACACUUGGAGCGCUAAUUCUAGCUUCACUUGUUCUGAUAUGCACUCUAGCGUAUAUACUAGAGCUCCAGGUUCCCUUGAAGGCUUCACAAUGCUAGAAGCAAUCAUGGAGCAUGCAGCUGUUGCUAUAGAUAUGGACCCAUUGGAAUUCAGAAUCCGAAAUUUGCCAAAAGAUAGCAAAACAUUGGCGUAUUUGAUUCGACUAAGAGAAUGGGCCAAUAUCGAUAAUCGGAGAGUUGAAAUUGAAAACUACAACAAGGAGAAUCGUUGGAGGAAAAAAGGACUUUCCGUUGUACCAAUGGCCUAUCCAUUUUCACUAUUCCUUGGCUUCAACGUCAUAGUCUCUAUUUACCAUUCUGACGGCAGCGUUGCCAUUUCGCAUGCUGGGAUAGAAAUUGGACAGGGCAUAAAUACCAAAGCUGUGCAAGUUUGUGCUUAUAAACUGGGAAUACCAAUGGAGAAAGUGUCGAUCAAGCAGAGUAAUAAUUUGAUAGCUGCCAACUCCCAUAUGACAGGAGGUAGUCUGACCAGUGAAUCAGUUUGUUGGGCUAUAAUGAAUGCUUGUGAUACUUUACUGGAAAGAAUUCGACCUAUUAGAGAAAAAAUGGGUGAUCCGAAUUGGGAAGAGCUGAUCAAAGGUUGCUAUGAUAACAUGAUUCCCCUAACUGCAACAUCAACGAACUCACCGAAAGACCCUAGGCUCGGCGACUACGUAGCCUACGGCGCCUGCGCCAGCGAAAUAGAGCUCGACGUUCUCACCGGACGACACCAGGUCCUCCGAGUGGACCUCAUCGAGGACGUGGGAACCAGCAUGAACCCCAAGAUCGACAUGGGGCAGGUAGAAGGGGCCUUCAUCAUGGGGGUGGGGUACCUGACCUCCGAGGAGAUCGUGGUGAGCGACGAGGGGGAAAUAUUGACGAACAGGACCUGGAAUUAUAAGCCUCCGGGAGCCCUGGACAUUCCGGUGGAUUUCAGGAUCCAGUUUCCUGGCAAAAAUCCCAAUCCUGUGGGCGUUUUUCAUUCCAAAGCUGUUGGUGAGCCAGCUAUUUGUUUGGCCGUAUCUGUGCCUUUAGCCAUCAGGAGAGCUGCAGCUUCAGCUCGCAAAGAAGCUGAUCCUGAAGCGGCUCCAUGGUAUCCAUUUGAUGGACCUUCCACUGUGGAAAACACGUUCAUGAACUGUCUGUCUGAUUCAAGAACAUACACUUUGUGAACGAGAUACUUAAUUGAUUGAGAUAUAAAAAAAAUUGUACCGUGACACCAGUAGAUAACAUACCAUAUAAUUAUGAAUAUGUUAAUUAAAUAAGAAAUUGUGUUGUUACU